AUGUCAUCUCCGGUUGCUGCUACUCCCCUCGCCCAGCUGCCCUCAGGGGACUCUCCAGGCGUGCUCCAGACGGUUGUUGGCAUAGAGUCACCCGUAGCGGCCGAUCUGCCGAAAUGUCCGCAGCCGUCGGCCGGCAACACGUCGCGCGUCUUCCAGACCUACCUGCCCUAUCCCGAAUUGGCCGAGGCCAAGUUCGACUGCCUGCGUCUGACCAUCGUCCGACCCAGCCCAGCGGCUCUUGCUCGCCAUGGUAUUGCCCCGGCCGAAGCUUCCCGGUUACCGGUCCUCGUCUGGAUCCACGGCGGUGGCCUAUCCAUGGGCGCCUCGUCUGAUCCCAUGUGGGAUACUUCUCGGCUCGUGUUGCGCGCUCUGAAAAUUGGCAGCCCCAUCAUGGUCGUCUCAAUCAACUACCGGCUUAACUUAUUCGGCUUUGCGGCCUCCCGUGACCUCCUCGUGGCCCAGCAGCAGCAACAGCCUCCUGUCACCACCGCUGGCCUCAACUUUGGUCUCCGUGACCAGAAACUCGGUCUCGCCUGGAUCAGCCGCAACAUCGCUGCUUUUGGCGGCGAUCCCGACCGCAUCUCUAUCAGUGGCCAGUCCGCAGGCUCCGUCUCCGUUCAUUCCCACCUCCUCGAGGCCACCGCCGCCGCCGCUGCUGGCCGGAAGACACUCUUCCGCCGCGCCAUCAUGCUAUCCGGUGCUCUCAGCACUCUCGGCCCCAUCCCCUUGGAGCUUGCCGAAGCCCCCUGGAAGCGCAUCUGCGACUUGACCCUCGCACCGUCCUCCUCGCCGGCCGAUCGCGUGCGGCACCUCCGCCAGCUGCCCGCAUCCACCCUGCUCGAGAUUACCGCUACCAACCAUAUCCAGGGUAUUCCCAUCGUAGAGGACGACAUCACCGUCUUCCUCGGCCCCUCGGGAUCGUCCGAUCAGCCUGACAUGGACCUUGGCCCUGUCGAUCUGCGGCAUGCUCCUCGACAGGCCGCGCAAAAGGGAGUCGAUGUGCUUAUCGGCUUCACAGACGUCGAGGCUCUCAUCUUUAUGGGAGGAUUGCCGCCUUUUGCCCAGAUCCUGUCCAAGUUCGAGGCCGUCUACAGCGACCGCAACCAUUGUGCCGAGGUUAUGAAGGCCUAUGGCCUGGUGGCUUCUGCAACGAGCGCUGAGCUGCAACAAGGCCUUCUCACCCUCUUAAGCGAUGCCAUGUUUGAAGUUCCAGUACACCUUGCCCGCAAAAACCUCCAGAAAAAGAGCGGUGGUCCGGCUGUCGGCCAGGUCCAGUCCUUCUUGACUGCUGUUGGCAACCCAUUUCCUGGGCCGAUUGAGGGUUUCGCCCGCCACUGCGUCGAGCUCAUCUACCUGUUUGAGACCUGUCACACGACCCUAGUCGAGGCUGACCGUGGCAUCCGGCGGCCAUAUACCAAGCCUGGACAAGAGAACGCCGCAUUGCCGCAGCAAGACCCCACCAUGAGCAACGGCGAACCGUACAAGCGCUCCAAUAUAGAGCUGUGCCAUGAGUUCCAGGACCACAUCAUUUGCUACGUCACCGCCGACGACUGGAAACCGGCCUGCAGCCCGGACUUCAUCAUGGUCUAUGGCAAGGACCGCAGCACAGAGGUCCAGAGCUUCACGGACGAUCCAGCCUGGAAGCAGCGAGUCCAGCGAUGGGAGCUCUUGGCGGAACGUGUCGGCUCCAUGAUGCAGCUGGCCGAGGAGGUCCGCGGUCUGUCUGUUUCUGUUGAGAGAUAG